UGUGGUAACAUCUGUUGCUCUCCUUGUAUGGGAUAUAUAUAACCUGACCGCACAUUGCAUGUGUAGGUGGCUGUUAAGUCAGAUACAACCGCAAGAGGACGCUUUCACGGACAAAGUCGCUACACGGCAUGGUACUUAAAUCAUGUAAACGCGCUCUGUCUAAUUAAGUAGGUAUGCUUGAAUGGGUCAGUCAUGGGUAGAAUAUUUAUGUCGAUAAUAUGUAAUAACACGACAUAUCACAACAGAUGGUCACUGAUAUUAACGCUGUAGGCGAAAAUUCAAUUCAUAGCUAGCUAUAGCUAGUUAAGAGGAUGUAAGCGAUUCCCACCACUUGCGGUGUUGACGUGGUCAUCUUACAACUAUGUCUGCUUUCAAAUAGCAUAUUUUGCUUUUCUCAGCUACCAGAGCUAUCGUCAAUUAUAUUCUCUCGUAUAACUCAUGGUCAACCUGAACAGAUUGAUCUGCAGGAGUCUACACCAAGCUGACGUGUAAAAUUGUUAACUUCGAUCCCAAUGGCAUCAUUACAACAACGUAUGCGUGGAACGGCCUGUUCCUUAAACUGUUGUCGCCAAAGGCACCCUCUGCUGUGUGUUUGUGUAACGAGAGCGCUAGAGAUUUCAAGCAAUUGCUGACGACACUAUUGUGUUGGUGUGUCGCAGUCCGUUAAACAACCGACACUGCAGGGUGUUCUCCUGACGGUGAGGGUUGCUGAGAGGUUGUAAGUAGGGAUGAGAAGGAAGCGGAAGAGUAGCGGCUGUAGCAGCAAUGUCCUGCCGGUCUCCUACCUGUCCCCCAUGAACAGUCGGCUGUGCGACAACAACUCUAAACUAGAGGAAUACGAGCGCCACUGGCAUGACGACUUCUUCCGAGGAUGGAAAAGGCUUUCCAAGCGGGGAUGUAAUUCGCAUAUCGACGCUCUUCACAUCAAAGACGACAUAAAGACUAAGAUGUGCUCGCAUGGGUUCAAGGUGGGCAGUCUUCAUGGCCAUAACGACUUGGAGGAGGUCAAUGACAAGCUGGAGGUGUACACUAAGGAAUGGGUGGAGGGGAUUGGCCCUCCCAGUAGAUGAUUUCUUAUGAUGAACAUUUAAAACCACAGGCGAGAUUUGUUAACCCCGUUAUUAAUGCGGUGCAGUGGAAUAGUCUCCAAAGGUUUUAGUACGUACUGUUAAGUAAGAUCAAAAGGAAGCGAUUCUGCGUAUGUUGCAUUAUGUAGCCCCUGUAAUUAAGGAAAUCAUAUCAUUGGUAAACCAAUGAGGUGAAAGACGAUCAGUGCACAACAGCAUAUUAUGUCUAUAAAACCGAAUACGAAGAGUACAGUGGGCUUUUUCUCUCUAUUGAUUUGGAUAUUGAGAUCUCUAGGGUAAAUAAUCCUGUUUGAGAAUAGUACGUGCCUGUCGCAGACGAUGUAUAUGUAUCCUGUAAAUAUUACGCAACAUAUAGGCACACACUAAAAGUGGUUAUCGUGAAAAGGAGCAGACCGCACAUUAUUGGUCACUGACGUCACCUGACGUCCAUCUACGCUGACCUCGGGUCAGUUGUGAAACACAGAGACCACCUGUCUGCCCCGGACAC